UUUUUUUUUUUUUCCUUCGCUCUCGCUCCCUCUAUCUUCCAUCCUCUUCCCGUUCCUGGUUAUUCUUCGUCUUACCGCGUCUCGCCCUGGCUGUUGCUGUUGCUCCUCCUCCGCCGCGCCGUGUGUUUCGCCCCUGUUGUUCCCUCGCUGCCGCCGCUCACACCACGCGGUUUUCGUUGAUCGACCAGUGUUUAACUACGCAUCGAUUCGGUGUUUGUCGAGACUCUUGAGGCAACUAUUCUACUGGCUGUAAACAGAGACAGGACGAAAGAAAAGGAAAAUCCAAAAUUCAAGGGGAGAGCCCGCCAGAGGGGUUAAAACGUCUUGUCUCCGCCCGCUGCUGCCUAACCCGGGGUUCCUCAACGAGCUGUGAAGCUGUGUCUGUCUGUUUCGAUAAGCUAUUCGAUAAAUCCAGGCUGUCGGUGAGAAUGGCGCAACAACAGGUUGACAAUGUGAUGAAGAGGAAAUUGGUGAUCAUCGGCGAUGGUGCUUGUGGCAAGACCAGUCUGCUCAGUGUCUUCACUCUCGGAUACUUUCCCACUCAUUACGUCCCGACGGUUUUCGAAAACUAUGUGACGGAUUGCCGAGUCGACGGGCGGUCGGUGCAGUUGGCGCUGUGGGAUACUGCUGGACAGGAAGACUACGAACGCUUGCGUCCGCUGGCAUAUUCAAAAGCGCACGUCAUCUUGAUUGGCUUUGCCGUGGACACGCCCGACUCGUUAGAGAACGUCAAACAUAAGUGGAUCGAGGAGGCGAAUGAACGUUGUCCCGGUGUUCCCAUCAUCCUCGUCGGGCUGAAAAAGGAUCUCCGUGAAGACCCUCUUGCGGUGGAGGAGAUGCGCAAGAAGUCGCUGCGCUUCGUCACGUCCAAAGAAGGAAGCGAAAUUGGGGCGCAGAUCGGCGCCCGGAAGUAUCUCGAAUGCUCUUCGCUGACGGGCGAAGGGGUCGACGACGUCUUCGAGGCGGCGACCCGUGCUGCUCUCCUCACAUUCGAAAAACGCAAAAGCUCAUGCUGUGUUGUCUUAUAACGGACUCGACACCCCCCCCCCCUGUAUCAUCCAUAUCGACAAGCUCUCUCCUAACUGUUUCGCAAUGUCCGGUUGGGGGAAAUUUUGAUUUGACAAAUCUUGCAUCAGCGGCGUUUGGAGGUUUUUUUUUUUUUUUCUUUUUCUUUUUUUU